AUGGUUAGCGCAAAGGUGAAAAUCAGUGAAGAACCUCCUUAAAAAUAAACAUAAAAUGAUUAUAAUUUAAAUUUAGAAAACAGAGCUUCAUUCAUUAGUAAAGCUCUGUUUUUGUGGACCAAUAAAGUUAUAAAAUUGGGAAACUCUAAAAUAAUUAAAGAAAAUGAUUUAUUUGAUUUGAGAGAAGAAGAAAGAUUAGAAAAGGUUCUCUAUGAACUGAAAAAAGCCUAAUAAAUUAACAAAAAUAAAGGCUUUAGUUAUGCAAUUUUUAAAACUUGCUAGAAAGAAUUCUUAAUUACAUCAUUAUUCACAAUUCUUGUUUCUGGGCUUUCUUUUGCAGGCCCCAUAUUUUUAAACUUGAUUAUUAAAAAUAUUGCAGAUCCGUUUUCUAAUAAAAAUGAAGGAUAUCUUUACUCAAGUCUCCUUUUUGGGUGCUUUAUAUUAAAAGCCUUUUUGACACAACAUUUAACGCUCUUAACUAAUAGAAUAACAUUUUAGAGUUGCAACUAAAUUCUUGGUAUAAUGUACGAAAAAUUACUCAAAUUGAGUAACACAGGAAGAAAAUAUAUGGAUCCUGGUAAAAUGACGAAUCUUGUUAUCAUGAAUACAAUGGAAAUAUUGCAAUUUUUUUUAUUCGCGUUUACAGCUUUGACUGCACCUUUUAUUAUUAUUGCAGCUUCUGUUUACAUCAUUUAUGAACUUGACUAUGUUGGUAUUAUAGCCCCAUUUAUGCUUGCGCUUUCUGCUAUUUUGGUUAAUCACAUUACUUCAAAGUAGGCUGAUUUUAGAAUGAAAGUGUUCUCUAUCAUAGAUCAAAGAAGUAAGAAAAUUACUGAGUUUUUUUAAGGUAUUAAAAUUAUCAAAUAUUAUGCCUGGGAAAAAUGGGUUGUGAAUUAAUUAUAGAAUAUUAGAUUGAAAGAAAUGAAAAUUUUGUUUGGCUUCUUAUUUAAUAUUGGAUAAGUUGAUUGUAUUAGUUAAGUUUCUCCCAGUAUUAUAGCUGUGCUCGUUUUUGUUAUUUAUAUUCUUUUAGAUAAUUAACUAAAUGCAGCCAAGGCUUUCACAGCUCUUUCCCUUAUAAAUCUGCUUUAAUCACCUAUUAUUCAACUUGUCUCUGGAUGGGGUAAAUUUAUCUAAGCUAGGGUUUCUUAUAAUCGUAUAGCUCACUUUUUAGACUCAGAAGAAUAACCUCAAGACUACUAUGAUGAAGAAUUAAUGAAAAAUUGUGAAUAAGGAGAAAUAAUGAUAGAAGAAGGAUUCUUUAGUUGGGAAAGUGAAAAAAAUGAAAUGCACAAUUUAAAAAAUCCUGAUGAUGAUUAUAUGAAGAAAAUGUAAAUCAAAUUUAUUUAAAAAGAAAUUUAGUCUAAGAAAAAAGCAAAAGAAGAUGUAAAAUAAUUGGAAGAUGCUUUAGAAAAUUUAAAAUAAAAAAAAAUCGCUGAAGUGCCAAAAAUUUCACCCAACUUAACAUCAAUAAAUUUACAUUAUAAGCCUAACACUUUUAAUGCUAUUUAUGGAAUAUUUUCUAGCGGAAAGACUACCCUUGCUCAUGCUAUCAUCAACGAAAUAAACAAGCUUUCAGGAAAAAUCGCUGUUAAAGGUUCAAUAGCUUAUGUGCCUUAAAUUCCUUGGCUCAGAUCAUGCAGCUUGAGAGAUAACAUUUUAUUUGGAGAGGAAUAUAAUCAAAAAAGAUAUGAAAAGACUCUCCGUAUAUGCUAACUAUUGGAUGAUAUUAAGUAAUUACCAGGUGGUGACUUAACUGAGAUUGGUGAAAGAGGUGUAAAUCUAAGUGGAGGAUAAAAACAAAGAAUCAGUGUGGCUAGAGCAGUUUAUUCUAAUAGAGACAUCUAUGUUGUAGACGACUGUCUUAGUGCUCUUGAUAGUCAUGUUGGUAGAUUAAUUUUUAAGAAGGUGUUUUACAAAUUCUUAAAGCAAAAAACAAUUAUUUUUAUUACUCAUCAUACCCAUUACAUGAAGUAUUUUGAUACAAUUACUAUCCUAAAAGAAGGAAAAGUAGCAGAUUUUGGUUCUUACUCACAAUUAACUGCUAAAAAUUCUGAAGCUUUAUCUUACUUGCUUAAUAAUGAAAAGAGUUAAGUAUAAAAGGCAAAAGAAGGAGAUGAGCUUGAUGAUCAAGAAGGAUAAAAUAAUGAAAUAAAUGACGAAUUGAGCUAAAAUAAUAAAAUACCUCACAACCCUCCUCAAUUAGGAAAAGCUUUUAGUGAGUAACAAUCACAGUUUUCAAAAAUGUCAGAAGAAGCCUCUCAAUUCACAUAAAGUUAAUGUGAAUAGCCCAAUUAAGGACAAGAUAAAGAGAAUGAAGCAAAAGGUAUGCUUGUUUAAAGUGAAGAAAAAGCUGUAGGAUCCGUUCCUUUUUUCGUUUACAAAGAAUAUUUCUUACUCGGAGGAUUAGGAUAUGUUACAAUUGCAUUGCUUAUAUUUGCAAUUUCUUAAGCAGGAUUAAUGUUGUCAGAUUGGUGGUUAGGCUAAUGGAGUUAAAAUGCUUAUACAGAAUUAGAUAAUAACUAAUAUGCAGGAAUUUAUGCAGGAGUGAGCAUAACAAGUGGUUUACUUUACAUUUUCAGAUAUUUGGCUUUCUUAGUCUUUUCUAUUAGAAUAUCAAAGAGUAUAUUUAGAAACCUUUUAGUUAGACUGCUUUAAAGCCCAAUGGAAUUCUUUGAUAAAACUCCACUAGGACGUAUUGUGACUCGUUUCUCAAAAGAUAUAGACGCUAUAGACUAUAUGUUACAAUUGCUUCUAUAAUAACUAAUUAGUGGUGUAAUGACUCUUAUUGGUAGUUUUGUUAUGAUUUCAUUGAUAACGCCUAUAUUCAUUGCUGUAGCAGUUUUUAUUUUAAUUUGCUAUUACUUUAUUCUCAGGAGAUAAAUUAAAUGCUCUCGUGAAAUCAAAAGAAUUGUUGAUAAUAUUAGAGCACCUUUAAUCGGUGUUUACACAGAGCUAAAUCAAGGCUUACUACAGAUUAGGGGACUUAACAAAGAAAAAUUUUUUUUCAAAACAUUUAGCAAAUGUGUAGAUGGACACACUAGAUCCACUUUUAAUGAAUUUUUCUGUAAUCAUUGGCUUAAUCUUAUUACUGAUCUAUUCUCUUCGAUCAUAGUCGCUGCUUCUGCCUAUUUAGGUUUAGCUUAAAAAGAAAUUAAUGGUUAUGAUAUAUAAUUAGCUGCUCAUAUUGGUUUGAGUUUAACAUGGGCUUUAAGAAUAAGUUCUUCUCUACCUGUAACAAUAAGGUUUGUCGGUGAUACUGAGUUGUAAAUGAACUCGUUCCAUAGAAUUUUAAACUAUAUCAAUGAAACACCAUAAGAAAGAGAUUUUGAAAUUUUAAGUGAGACUAAUUAAGCUAAAACUCUAGAAAAAUGGCCUUAAUAAGGAGAUCUAGAACUAGAAAAUGUUUCUUACAGAUACAGAAAAGAAACACCGAUAGUGUUAAAAAAUAUAACUCUUUCCAUCAAAGCUAACGAAAAGAUUGGUGUUAUUGGCAGAACCGGAAGUGGCAAAUCAACAUUAACCUUAGGAUUACUUCGUAUUCUUGAAUUAGUAGAUGAAGAAAACAGUAAAAUUCUAUUGAAUGGGUAAAAUAUUGCAAAAAUAGGAUUAAACUAAUUAAGAAGUAAUGUAUCCAUGAUUCCUUAAGAUCCUGUGCUAUUUUAGGGAACAAUCAGGUCUAAUGUAGACCCUUUUGAAAUUUAUACAGAUACUCAGGUAGUUGAUGCUCUCAAAAAAGUCCAACUAUGGGAAACAUUACUAAGCAAGGCCAAUCCAACUGAAAAUAAAGAUAAUUCACCAACACAAAACCCUAAAAUUAUAACAGCUGAAAAUAUUCAAACUUAGACAUUAAUGAAUGGAAGUGAAUUAAAUGAAAAGAGUAUUAAAAAUGUCUUAGAUCUUAAAGUAGAUUCUCAAGGUGCAAAUUUUUCUCAAGGAGAGAAGUAGUUGAUAGCUCUUUCUCGUGUUAUUGUGAGAAAAUGUAAGUUAUUGCUUAUGGAUGAAGCUACUGCUAGUAUUGAUGAAAAAACUGAUUGGAUAAUUCAAAAUAUGAUAAGAAGCGAAUUCUAAGAGACUACAAUUAUAACCAUAGCACAUCGUCUCAAAACAAUUAUUUAAUAUGAUAGGAUUUUAGUUUUAAGUGAUGGUGAAAUUAAAGAAUUUGAUUCUCCAAAAUCGAUGCUUAACAACCCAAACAGCUAUCUAUUAAAGUUGAUUAGAGAAAAUGGUAAAGAACAUGAAGCAGAUAUGAGAAGACUAGCAUAUAGCAAUUGA